AAAUUUGCCCUCCCUCUCGACAUCAAGACCUCCUCUAUCGUAGGCUUCAUCGUUCCUGGUCGCCCAGGACACUUCGGCGCCGCCGUCACAGACGCUCCUAGCCGUCUUCUACGUCGGUAAUACAGUUGGUCUCCCUUUCAUCGGCUCCGUGGACCAUUGCGAGCCUCUCGUCGAUUCCAUCCACUUUAGUUUUGUUGAAGGUACGCAGGUAUAAAGCAUGAUCUACACUGCAAUUGACACAUUCUACCUCACUGAUGAGCAGCUAAAGAAUUCACCUUCUCGGAAAGAUGGCAUAGAUGAAGCCACUGAAACAACCCUUAGAAUCUAUGGUUGUGAUCUCAUCCAAGAAAGUGGCAUUUUGCUUCGGCUACCACAAGCAGUCAUGGCCACUGGGCAGGUUCUAUUUCAUCGUUUUUACUGCAAGAAGUCAUUUGCGCGGUUCAAUGUGAAGAAAGUUGCUGCAAGCUGUGUGUGGCUUGCUUCAAAACUGGAAGAAAGUCCCAGAAAGGCGAGACAAGUAAUUAUUGUUUUUCACAGAAUGGAAUGUAGGAGGGAGAAAUUGCCUAUAGAGCAUUUAGACUUGUAUUCCAAGAAAUAUGUAGACUUGAAGAUGGAGUUGAGUAGAACAGAGAGACAUAUUUUGAAAGAAAUGGGAUUUAUUUGUCAUGUCGAACAUCCUCAUAAAUUUAUAUCAAAUUACCUUGCAACUCUCGAAACUCCCGAAGAAUUGAGGCAGGAAGCUUGGAAUCUGGCUAAUGACAGCUUGCGCACUACACUGUGUGUUCGAUUUAAGAGUGAGGUUGUGGCUUGUGGAGUUGUAUAUGCAGCUGCUCGCAGAUUCCAAGUACCCCUUCCUGAGAGCCCUCCAUGGUGGAAGGCAUUUGAUGCUGAGAAAUCUGGGAUUGAUGAAGUCUGUAGGGUUUUAGCUCACCUGUAUAGCCUUCCGAAGGCACAAUACCUAGCAGUCUGCAAGGAUGGUGACUCAUUUACAUUCUCCAAUAAAUCAUCAGAAUCACAAUCUAAGGCUGUAUCAAAGGACAUUCCGCAGAGUAGCCCGCCGGCAGACACUAACACCUCUGUUUCAAAGGGAGCUUCAGCAGAAUCUAAUAAUGAAGCUGGCAGUAGCAAGGGUGCAUUGGUAAAACAAGCCAUUGAUAAGAUGAAAGAGUCCAAGAUUGAUGAUGAUUCGAAGAGCAUGGCUACAGAGGGAGAGGCAAGAGAUGAACCCACACUCAAAUCCAAAUCUGAUCGUAAAGCAGAGACCACUGGAGAGACACGCAGGGAAAGGGAAAGGGAAAGGGAACGAGACAGAGAUAGGGAAAGGGAACGGGACAGGACAAAAGCUCGAGAUCGUGAUCGGGAAGAGAUUCUGACAGGGAAAGGGGAAGGGAUUCUGACAGGGAAAGAGAUCGAGAGGAAGCAGAUAGGGAUAAACUCAAGGAUCGAGGUCACCGUUCUAGAGAUAGAACAAAGGAUUCAGGACAUUCUGAGAAAUCGAAGUAUCACUCAUCACGAGAUCGCGACAGUUAUGGCACCUCGUACUCUUCAAGGGAGAAGGACCGACACAGACACCAUUGACUUGUAGUGGCGAGUUAUUAAGGAUGACUGGUGGAUAUCUGAAAGCAGUGGGCUAAACUUGUAAUGCUCCACAAAUCGAACUGCCGAGUGCCGACCUCAGAGAUUGUAUUUCCAUUUCUAUAUGUUAUUUUAUGUAGAAUGCGGCUCUACUUGUUCAACAAAUUGUGGCUGGGCAAUCUAGUGCGUUAAAGAGAAAGAUUGCCACCUUCGCAUUAUCAUUUGAAAAAAUAAAAAUAGGCAACAGAAUACCUUUCAGCUUCAA